AUGGUUGCUAAACAAUUCUAUUUGCUGGGUGAAGCUAUCACCUCAGCUCGAACCAUUGAUAUCGAGUCCACAGUCGACUAUUCAGGACUUCAGCUUUUACUUGCUGGUCAAUUUGCCAUUGUUGAGCCGAAUGGAAUUGGCUUCCAGUCAGAGAAUGCAACAUUUUCCACUACCUCGGAGGUUCUCGCCAAUGAAGACCCCAUCGCUAUCUCGAUAGACGGAAAGGCAGUACGGGAAAUCCCCGGUCCCAAGGGAUUGCCAUUUGUGGGAAACUUCUUCGAGGUCUACCCUGAUCACCUUGGAAACCACCAGCGUCUGUUUGAUCAAUAUGGUCCUAUCAUUCAAACCACCAAUAUGGGUCGGACAGUGUAUCAAACGAAUGACCCCGAGCUAUCGGCCAUUGUCUUCGCCGAGUCUGACUUUUUUACCAAGCGCAUCAGCGAGGGCCAUCCCCUGCACCCAAUUAAGAACCAAGAGGCCGGUGUGUUCUUGGGUGACACCGACACCCCCGAAUGGCGCGCAGCACAUAAGUUCCUGCCUCCUGCGUUUGGACCCAAAGCCGUACGCCACUAUGCAUCCACAAUGCAAGAGACCGUCGAGGAUUCAUUCAGUGUCUUCGAUGAGCUAGACGAGCGUGGUGAGGCUUGGAAUGUGUACCAGUACAUGCUCAAGCUUGGUGCACAGGCCGUAGGUAAACUGGUUCUUGGUAUGGAUUUCAAGCACUUCUCUGCCAUUGAUGCGCCGCCUCAUGAACUUGUUUACCGGAUCGCCGAGUCAUUGGAGUUGAACAAGAAGGUGACUGCUCGCGGUGAUUGGUAUGCCAAAUUGCCCUUUGGUGACCCAAAGCGUUUGCGGGAUGCUCGCUACCGUAUUAUCGAGAUGGUUAAUGAAUCCAUUGAGAAUGCUUCUCGUGGUGGUGUUGAAGACCUUCCCCUGCAGGAUGCCGCCUUGCAGGCCUCUAAUAUGAUUGACUAUAUCAUUCGUGCCACCGAUAACAAAGGCGAGAAGCUACCCAAGACAAGUUUGAUGCAGGCAUUAGUAGUAGCCACCGGAGCCGGAUUCACCACCACUAGCUCAUUGCUAUCAUGGCUUCUAUACUCGAUGGUCAACUAUCCCGGUAUGCAGGAGAGACUCCUUCAAGAGCUCAUUGACAACGACAUCACUGCCGACACCCCUCUAACCGCCGACCUUACCGACCGCCUCACCUUCCUCGAUAAAUUUAUCAAAGAGACCCAACGUCGACACAACCCCUCCUACCAGCCCGCCCGCACAGCCAAGGUUGACAUGAUCCUACCAGGUGGAUACAAGCUCCCGGAAGACUCAAUCGUCAUUCCAGCCCUUCAUCAUGUCCACAACAACCCGGCAGUAUGGAGUAACCCAGCACGAUUUGACCCGGAUCGUUGGGACACGGCAGAAGUCAAGAAUCGACACAAGAACGCGUAUAUGCCUUUCGCUGCUGGUCCGCGUAUGUGCAUUGGGUUCAACUUCGCAUUACAAGAGGUCAAGGUUUUCUUGCCCAAAUUGUUGUUCCGGUAUAAAUUCACCAAGGAGAAUGAUGGACCUGUCGAUUAUGAUCCUAUGUUUCAAUUGAUCCGUCCGACUAAUUUCUAUGUGCGGGCGGAGAGACGCGUGAAGUGGCCUCCUAAAACUGAAUUUGUUGAAGAGAGAGCACAAUUGUGA